GGGUAGUGCAGCCCACAACCGUCAAAAACGACUAGCGGGGACCCAGUGAAUGAGAAUAACGGCGGCAAUUUAUAGAGGACGGUCCACGUAUCCUCAUCGUCAGGUUUCUAUUUGUUAUUUUACACGUGUUCUGACGUAAACUUCACAAAAUAAGCAGAGAGCAUCAUUUGGAGAACAUUUCUCACUGAACAUCUAUUCGAGCUUUAACAAGGAAAGACGGCAGUCUUUAUCUUUCAAAGACAAACGGUAUAAGGACAUUAAGAGGAAUUCUCGCUCUAAAAGCAUGGAGCCUGCCGAAAUGAACUCAAUCCCCAACGGGAAAGGACAUGAAGCUGGAGAGGUCAUGACUGCGACUGCAGUAAAAGGCCAAUCGGAAGAUGCAGCUCAGGAACUUGUACCAAAUAACACUGAAAAUGCCAGUACUGACAGAACGGCACAUAAUGCGGAGGCAAACACGGCGGAAAGCUCUGAGUUCCUCACCAAUGCAGAUGACAAGAAACCCCCUCGCUUCACAGAUUUUGAGGGGAAGACUUCUUUCGGGAUGUCCGUCUUUAACUUGGGAAAUGCCAUCAUGGGAAGUGGAAUUCUGGGAUUAGCGUACGCCAUGGCUAACACAGGAAUUGUCCUUUUUGUAAUUCUCCUCACCGCUGUAGCUGGUCUGUCUUCAUACUCCAUUCACCUGCUUCUAAAAUCCUCAGGGGUUGUGGGUAUUAGAGCUUAUGAACAGUUGGGUCAACGAGCCUUUGGCACACCAGGAAAGAUGGCUGCUGGCAUUGCAAUCACCUUGCAGAAUAUUGGAGCCAUGUCCAGCUACUUGUACAUAGUAAAGUACGAGUUUCCAUUGGUGAUCCAGGCUUUUCUCAAGGUGGACAGUAUGUCUGGGGAGUGGUAUUUAAAUGGCAAUUACCUGGUUGUCAUUGUAAGUUGCAGCGUCAUCCUGCCAUUGGCCUUAAUGAAACAACUUGGGUACCUUGGCUACACCAGUGGUUUCUCUCUCAGUUGUAUGGUGUUCUUCCUUAUUGCGGUGAUCUAUAAAAAGUUCCACGUGCCUUGUCCUUUUGUUGACUAUUCUCAUAACAAAACUUUGGCGAUCUUUAACACAAGUAUGGCUGGCCCAGGAGGAGUGGAGAUGACCCCUGAAGGUGGCCUUGGGUGCACCCCUCGCAUGUUUAAUCUCAACACACAGACGGCCUACACGGUUCCCAUCCUGGCAUUCGCGUUCGUGUGCCACCCUGAGGUGCUGCCAAUUUACACCGAGCUGCGCAACCCAACCAAAACUAAGAUGCAGCACGUGUCCAACAUCUCUAUUGGGGUCAUGUACGUCAUGUAUUUCCUGGCUGCUCUGUUUGGAUACCUGACGUUCAAUGAUAACGUGGAAGCUGAACUGUUGCACACAUACAGUCGGAUCGACCCGUAUGAUACGCUGAUCCUGUGUGUCCGUGUGGCCGUCCUGACUGCCGUUACACUUACUGUACCCAUAGUGCUGUUUCCUGUAAGGAGAGCAAUCCAGCAGUUGUUCUUUUCAAAUAAAACCUUCUGGUGGCCACGUCACAUUGCUAUAGCUGUCAUCCUCCUCACCCUCAUCAACAUACUGGUCAUCUUUGCCCCAAACAUCCUGGGCAUCUUCGGGAUCAUUGGUGCCACGUCCGCUCCAUGCCUCAUCUUUAUUUUCCCGGCCGUGUUCUACAUCCGCAUCGUGCCUAAGGAAGAUGAACCAAUGCGCUCACUCCCGAAAAUCCUAGCUGCUUGUUUUGCCUUGUUAGGAGUCUUAUUUAUGAUAAUGAGCCUGAGCUUCAUCAUCAUUGAUUGGACAUCAGGGAACAACAAAGGAAGCAGUGGUCAUUAGGCCCCUCCCUCGAUUGUUUUUUGUUUUAUUUGCAGUAUACAUAUAUUUUUUGAUUGUGUGGGGUCAGUAGUUAGGGAGGAUGCAUAAUCUCUCAAUGAUCUGCUGUUGCAUUACAAGUAUGAUCACUAUUUUAGUUACAGUUUCUUAGCAUUCAGUCAAGGCAUUAUUUGUUAACUGCAUGUGCUGUUUACAAGCAGGCUAUUAUUUUUCCUAUCUCAGGUUGGCAUUAAUUCAAUUGAGAAGCCAUCUGAUUUAAUAAGGAGUGGUUGGGGGAUUGAAAUUCAGCGUUAAGUUAAAAAUCUUCAAAGCCUGUGAUAGCUAAAACUACAAUAUGUGCCAUAGUAACAGCACAUGUGGUAUGCAGACCACAGCGUUUGCUAACAAAAGGGAUUUUGCAUUCUAACCAAACCAAUUUACCAGCCCAUCUACAAUUGUAUCCAGUUAAUAUCAUAACCUUCAGCCAAAUUCACAAGAGAUUAGAAUCAAAGUGCUCAGUUCUGAUUGGACGAUUAGUAGUUAUAAAAGUCUCUUAAUUGUGAUGUCAUCAUCGUAUCUCAUAUUAGAUAUAGCAAUACUCUGUGCAAUAGAUGGCUGUGAGAUAUCUGACACUGAUGGCUGUCGAGAGAGGUUGUUGCCAUGGCAACGCGUGACCUCAUCUAGAACCAGACUUGAUUUGGACGCAGUCUAUUACACAAUUUAUGCAAAGUACAUUUAGUACAGGUGUCACCUUUUUAUAUAGAUUUAUAAAGUUUAUCCUUUCUACAAUAUUUAGAGAGAUAUAUAUGAAUAGAUAUAUAGGCAUAGGCAUAUACAAUAUAUAUAUAUAUUGUUUUUAAGUGUCUACAAAUAUAUAAGCAUUCCGAUUUAUCCGGUAUCUAUCAUGUCCCUUUACCACAUACUUGAGUAUUCAGUAUAAAGUGCCAUCUUUAAAAUAUUUAGAUGAAUUAAGCACAGUUUCAUGAAUAAAAGGCACAUUCUGAAUAUUAUUAUUUUUUAGGAAUGCUGCUGGAAAGCACAGUUAACCCUAGCGUCAGUUUAUCAUGAUCCCAUAUGUGUCUCAUUUUGAAACUCUCUGGAGUUAUAUACAGAUAUAACCAAAAAACCAACAAAUAUCCACAGGGUCCUCUCCGUGAUUGGAGAAACAAAUGUGAUGCAUUGGUGCACAUAAAUGUUUUAGGGCGAAACUUUCUUGGCACAAUGUAGACGGGAGGUAAAGUUGCCCGAUCUUUCCUGGAAUAUCAAGUUUUAGUUAAGUUGAGAAAGAGCCGUUUAACCCAAGUUAUUAUUAUUAUGGGUUUGGAGGUCUUGCAGGGUCAUUUGGUAAUGGUUGAUACUAAAACUGUAGCACUUUUAGUUGAAGCACAACUUCCUCUCAGUUUCUUGACCUGUAGUGAUCAGUUUCAACUGUAUUAAUAUAGAUUAAUAUAUAUUUCAUAGAAAGUUAAAUGAACAAAGCCUAUGUAUUACUAACUGUAAAUUGUAAGUAAUGUGUGGAUGUCUAACAUGGUACAUGACUAUUUUAAUCUUCGUAAUUCAUCCUAAAUAGUAUAAAUGAAGCACAUACUGGCCCAUAAUGAUGUUAGUGGUGUUUUACCGUGUGUUUGUGCGUGAAUGUGUGUUUUUUUCUCCUGUCAUUAUGGAGAACGAAUACUUCGGUCAGUGAAUGUACUGUAAUGGGCUAUAAGAUGUUUUAAAUGAGAUGUGGUACUUUUUUAUGGAGUUUGUCUGUUUAAUUCAUGUUUAAUGGAUAGACCAGCCAUGCAUAUAAAUAAACGAUCAUAUCUGUGAACCAGUAUCAGCAUAGUUACAUAUCUUGAUAUAUUUCUUCAGUGUUUUAAAUGUCCCAGCCUUCUAAGACAGCAAAGGCACUGUAAUAUAUUAAAGAUAUAUUUAUUUGGAUAGAUUUAUGGGUUGUCCAAAAACAGACGUUUUGUUGUUUAUCAUGUUCAGAUGCAUACUAUUUCUCUUUGUGGUGUUUUGGAUAUAUUCUGUAUAGAUGACUGAUUUACUAAUCACAUGUGUGUUUGAUUUCUAAAGUGCUUUAUUGAAACGACCCGAACAUCUGUUAUUCUGUUUUUGUUUUAACGUGUUUUGGUAAAGUUUGUGCGUUCUGGAGAUGGUGAAGUGGUAGUCGUGUAUUUUCUCACACAUUAAUGUGGUUUCUCAAGCACAAACGUGUCCCAGCAGUGUAUGUGUAUGUUAAUGUGUGUUCACAUGCCUUAUAACUGUAAAAGUGCUUGUUGUUACCCUAACCUUGUUUUUAAGGGAUAGUUCACCCAAAGAUUAACAUUUUGUCAUUAUUUUCUCAUCCUUAUGUUGAUCUAAACCUGUAUGAAUAUCUUCAGGGUUCGCACGGGUCCUUGAAAUCCUUGAAAGUUUGUGAAUCUGGGGGGGGGGAUUCAAGGCCCUGGGAAGUUUUUGAAAAUAUACAUACAUAGAUACAGGUCAUUGAAAGUGCUUAUUUUAUGCAAAUAAUCCAUAUUAUUUCCUGUCUAGUGUAGAAUAAUAUCAUAAAAUUAUAGACUUUUUAAGCACACAUGCUAAACUGUUUCCUUUAAAUGCUUAUAUCUUCUGUAUGCGAAUGUUAAUUCAUACCAAAAUGCUUUUUUGCAUAGUUGUGUUUGACACACGUCUCGGGUUACGUAUCUAACUGUUGUUCCCUGAAAAGGGAACGAGACGCUGCGUCUCCCUUGCCAUAUUUCCUACGUCCCUGUAACACCGUCUUUGGCAAUAUUUCAGAUAGCGAUAUACUUCCUGGCUCCCGCGUCACCCUGUCUUUGUCGUUAAGCCUCACCAUUGGUUGAAUUUGAUAUAAACAUUCAGACCCUGGAGGCGUCCCCAAAGUGUCACCGCAGUGACGCAGCGCGACAAUGUAUCUUAAAAGGUAGCACGAUGUAACCUUGCUCUCACUUGAAAUGUGUCCUCACAUUUAGUCCUUGAAUUUGAGGGUAUUGAACCUGGAAAAUCCUUGAAAGGUCCUUGAAUUUGAAGAUUUUGAUAAAUGAUGGUAAGCACACAGUUGAUGGUACCCAUUGAAUGUCAUUGAGUUUUUCCUACUAUAGAAGUCAAUAGUUACAAUCAGCUGCUUACCAUCAUUUAUCAAAAUCUUUCUUUGUGUUCAUCAGAAAAAAGAAAUUCAUACAGGUUUAGUACAAUAUUACGAUGAGAAAAUUAUGACACAAUUUUGAUUUGUGGGUAAACUAUCCCUUAAAAUACACAAAGAGAUUCGUUAAAGAUUCGUGAUUCCCAUGAAUCAGAAUGUUGAAAUAAUAAUAAAUUACAUUAUACACAUAAAAGUGAAGCCUGUUUUUCGGCUCAUUUUAAGGCACCCAUGUUCAUAUUGUCAUAAUUCAAAAUAAUGAUUGGAAUUAAGUAUACAUGCUUUACAAUUUAAACAUUAAAUUAAAGCUUAUUUUGUAGUGCAUGGCACUACGAAAGCCAACGCCAUGGGUUUGAGUCCCAGGAAACACAGAAAUGUGUGGAGUGAAUACACUCACAAUAGAUAAAAGUGUCUUCCAAAUGCAUACAUGGUUUUUUUAACAUUACAGUGUUUAAGAUUUUGCAUACAUUAUGGUAAUAAGAAUGAUGGGUGUGGUUUAUUUGUGAUAUAAUGCAAACAAUCAUAAUAAUCCAGGAUUUAUUCUUUGCCAAAUUCUUUACAGAUUUAGUACAUCUCAUUAUGUAUUAAGAAGAAAAUGACUCAAUGCAGUGGAUGCACCAGACAUCAGCAUGAUAUAAUGAUUUUAUCUCUACAUUAACCAGUAAAACUUAUUAACUUAAGUUAACAAUAUAUCACUUCCAAUAUAUAUACUUAAUAGCAAUAUGAACUGUUCAUGAAUGCCAUUUCAUUUCAAAAGUACAAUCCUUGCUACAACUAUACACUUUAUCAAUGGUGAACCAGAAACAGCAACAACCCCAUUACUGUAUUUAUCUCCCUAUGAGAAAUCAGAGGUGCAGUUUUGUUUCUGAAUUGACAUUCGGCCAAACAGUAGCACUUUUUUUUAUAACCUGGAUUGUACGAUUAUAAGAUCACCAACUGCAAAUAUCACAAGGUAGCGGAAGGCGUAAGAAUCUUUAAUAGACCAUUAACCAGCUGUGUGCUUGUGUCUGCAUAACGUUUCCCUUGUGAUGUAAUGAAAUUGUUUGUAACAGUUUAUAUGAGUUCAUUACUUACGUGACGGCAUUUAUAAAUAAUGUACAUAAAUGUAAACCCUUUAUAUUAUAAGCACAUCUAUAGUUUGUAUAUUGUAAAUAGUCAGAUGAUGUUUAGUCUGAUGAUUAAAACGAUUAAAGUUUGUCUUUAUUUUCAGUAUUGAAUACAUUGCUGGCAGUUACUGUAAACAAUGUUCAAAUAAAAAUGUAUAAAUAAUAA